AGGAAUUCAGUUCUCAUCGUAGUUGUGACUCUCACUUUCUACUUUAAAUAAGAUUGUCUACACCGAAGAACCCUUAAUGUUCGACUGAUGUUCAUAAUACGUCGAGUUCACAUUCAGGCGCCGUCAUGACUUACGGCGAAAUCAUAAAGGAUUAUGGAUUUGUUGCAAAUUGAAGAAAUUAUCCAGAAAGCUGAAAAAAAUAAUAGAGAGGUUCUAAACCUCAGCCACAGGAAUAUCAAAGUUGUGUCGAGUAACAUACAGAAGCUGUCCAACCUGCGGAAACUGAUGCUGAAUGACAAUGAAAUCCUGAUGCCUCCAUCCGAGGUGACGAAGCUACUACUUCUGGAGGAGUUGGUGCUGAAUAAUAACAGACUGACAAUGUUACCCACGGGAAUAAAAUCGCUGACAAAUCUUACCUACCUCAACCUGUCUCACAACCCCCUCGGAUUUCUUGGUGAAGAAAUAGGGAACUUGUGUUCACUGACUCAACUUUGGCUUGUAGAAUGUCAGCUCACAAAUCUAUCGGAAAAUAUCUGUAGGUUAAAACAGCUCAAGAAAUUAAGUGUGAGAGAAAAUUUUAUUUCAGAAAUUCCUGAAGGAUUUGAUCGUCUUUCUAAUUUGAUGUGGUUAAGUUUAGCCGAAAAUAAGUUUGAUCAGUUACCCAAGAAACUGGAAAGGCUGUCAGGUUUAGCUUAUCUUAAUCUAGAUCACAACCAGUUCCAAGACAUUCCAGCAUUUGUUCUAGAACUUGAAUCUCUGACAAACCUAUCAAUGAAAGGCAAUCUUGUCAUGGGUGUGGACGAUGAUACGAUCUUGGCUUUGUCAAAACUAACGAAGUUUGAUUUGAGGGAUACCUGUAUUUUAGAAAAGCCGGAUCACUGGAAGGGCUUGGAGUAUAUCAUGGUAGGUAACAGUGUAGAGGAGAUGAAAGAACUCGCUAACGAAGUGGCAACAAUGCAGGAGGAAGAAGAAGAUGAGGAGGAGGAAGACACUGAAGAGGAAGAAGAUGCUGAAGAGGAGGAAGAUGCCGAAGAGGAGGAAGAUGCUGAAGAGGAGGAAGAUGAAGGAAAUAAAGUAGAAAAUGAAGAGGAGGAAGAAGAUGAAAUUAAGCAUCCUUCUAAAGACAAUAACAGUGUUAAAACAUUAAAAAAGUGUGAAGAUGAAACUGAAGCAAUUGAAGGAGAAGAGAAUGCUGCAGUGAGUGAGAAGAAAUUGGAAUGUAAAGAUACGAAAAUGGGAAACGGGUUGUGUUAAAACUGAAGUUUCUCUGUGCAAUAUGUUAGUAUCUAAUAAUUAAUCAUUAAAUCGCUUAGAUUAUGGGAUUCAAGUAAGUGAACAAAAAUAGAGUUAGCUAAAAUAACUUUAUAUUUAUAGUUGUUUGCCAUAUUUCUUUUACCAAUUUUGAUCCAAAAAAAACCCCACCUAAAUAUUUAAUAACUUUUUAUCAUUUUCUGGUUUACUAAUGGAAAUUACUUAAAACAAAAUGUUUAUAUUUAUUUUACCAAUUUGCUAAUAAUGGUUAACAUGGAUCACAACAGUUUUGAGGUUUACAUCUAUUCAUCUCAUUGCCAUUUGCAAAUAUAACGAUGUAAAUAAGUGUAAAUUUAUCAAGAUAAACUAAUUGUAUUUUCUGAGUGUUGUGGUUUAAAUUUCAUCAAAAUUGGCUUAGAAAUGACCUCGCAAAAACAAUUCUAGUACUGUAACUAGGUAGUUAAUGUUAUAUUACUGUAAAAUCAAAUGUUUUUGUGGGGCCCAAAUUUUGUGGUUUCCAGACAACACAUUUCCUGGGUACAGUAAAUGAAUUAGUGGAUUUUGAGUACCCAUUCAAAUGGAGAAUUGCUUUAUAUCAAACUUGUGAUUAUAGGUACUUCGUUCUUGGAUGAAUAUUACCCUCAAAAGC